AUGACAAGUAAAACAACUUCUGCAGGACAACUGAUAUCUCGUAAACGACAUCUGGAUGAUGAGGAAAAUGCUUUGGGCAAUGGAAAUUCUGUAGAUAAAAUUGCUUUCGGAUCUGCUGGUGGAUAUGAUACGGAUGUUUAUGGUAGUGUUCGUGGGGGGCGUAGAAGUGAUUAUUUAUCGUCAAUAAAUGCAGGAGAUGAUGAUGAUGAAGGUGAUGAUGAGCUAAUGGGUCCUAUGGCUACUGCCAAAGCGACUUAUUCUGCAUCGAAACGUUUUGUUGAAGAAGCUGCACGGCAUGGAAAGGAUAGUGAUCCAUUUGCUGAAACUAGAAUAAGAACUAUUGCUGAAAGGCAAAGUAAUUAUCAAGCUCGUGCGCAACAUAGACAGAUUUCACCUGAGCGUGCAGAUAUGUUUGCUGACCAAACACCAGAUAUAAGAGAUCGUUCUUAUGCUCAAAUCAUGAAAGAACAAAGGCUUCGCGAGGAGACGGGAAAAGUGGAGAAGGAAUUAGUUGAUAAAGCGAAAGCAGGAGAAUUGAAAUCCAGACCUUUAGCACCUGUGCAAAAAAGAGGCAGGUGGGAUGAAACGCCCAAAACUGAGGUUCUGGGAGCGGGAGCUUUAACUCCAUCUUCUCAGACUCCUGGAACUACACAGCGUCAACGUCUUACAAUAUCAUCUAACAUCUCAUCAAUUGCUGACAUCGCCACACCUCGAAUUGCUCGAUGGGACGAAACACCUGCACAUGCUGCGGGGGUAGAUGCUACUCCUGCUACUGGGGCCAAAGCAUGGGACGCUACUCCAACGACUCAAACUCCCCGUCGUAAUCGUUGGGAUGAAACUCCAAAAGAAUCAGUGCGUGAUGGAAUGACUCCCGGUUGGGGUGCAGAAACUCCUCGUGAUACGCGAACAUUUGAGGACGCAAAGGUGGAAGAAACUCCAGGAGAAUCAAAAAGGCGUUCAAGAUGGGAUUUAACACCAUCUGCUGCUACUCCAUUAAAUACAGUUGCUGGCUCAGUAACUCCGUCAAGUACUCCUUUACCUGGUGCUGCAACUCCAUCCAGCUUCACUCCAAGCGCUCCGGGAAUGACUCCUUCAGUGAUGACUCCUGGUGGAACAACUCCUGUGGGAGCUUUGGCGAUUGGCUUAAAAACUCCAGUGUUUCCAUCUGCACCUAUGACUCCAGAUCAGAUGGCUAUUUUCAAAUGGGAACGGGAAAUCGAUGAAAGAAACAGGCCACUUUCUGAUGAAGAACUUGAUGCAUUGUUUCCUCCAGGUUACAAAAUUUUGCCUCCACCAAAUGGUUAUAUCCCUAUCCGUACUCCUGGCAGAAAAUUGUUGGCAACACCCACACCUUUAGGAGCGACUGGGACUCCAGUGGGUUUUAUGAUGCAAGGAACUCCUGAAAGACCAGGUUUAGCAGAUAAAGGUGUUGCAAGUCUAGUCGAUACUCAGCCGAAAAAUUCUGAAUUACCGCCUUUGAAACCAGCAGAUAUUCAAUAUUUUGAUAAACUAUUGAUGGAUGUUGAUGAAAGUUUGCUAUCGAAAGAAGAGCUCAUUGAAAGGGAGAUUAUGACCUAUUUGUUGAAAAUUAAGAAUGGAACACCACCACAACGUAAAUCUGGACUGCGAAAAAUUACUGAGAAUGCUCGCCGCUUUGGAGCUGGUGCCCUAUUUAAUCAGAUUCUUCCACUGUUGAUGUCGCCAACUUUGGAAGACCAAGAACGUCAUCUGAUGGUCAAAGUAAUUGAUCGUGUGUUAUAUAAGCUGGAUGACCUCGUUCGUCCAUACGUUCAUAAAAUUUUGGUCGUUAUUGAACCGUUACUUAUUGAUGAAGAUUAUUAUGCCCGUGUAGAAGGUCGAGAAAUAAUUUCUAAUUUGGCAAAAGCUGCAGGUUUGGCAACUAUGAUUUCAACUAUGCGACCUGAUAUUGAUAAUGUUGAUGAAUAUGUUCGAAAUACAACUGCUCGAGCUUUUGCUGUUGUCGCUUCUGCUCUUGGAAUUCCUGCCCUUCUUCCUUUCCUAAAAGCAGUAUGCAAAAGUAAAAAAAGUUGGCAGGCAAGACACACAGGCAUUAAAAUCGUACAACAGAUGGCUAUUCUUAUGGGUUGUGCUGUACUUCCGCAUUUAAGGUCUUUAGUCGAGAUAGUAGAGACUGGACUUGUUGAUGAUCAACAAAAGGUCCGAACGAUAACGGCUCUUUGUCUAGCUGCUCUGGCAGAAGCAGCUACACCAUAUGGUAUCGAAGCAUUUGAUUCCGUUCUUAAACCACUAUGGAAAGGCAUUCGAUCACAUCGAGGAAAGGGUCUUGCUGCUUUCUUGAAAGCCAUUGGUUUUCUAAUUCCUCUUAUGGAUGCUGAAUAUGCUUCAUACUAUACUCGAGAAGUAAUGCUUAUUCUUAUUCGAGAAUUUGCAUCACCAGAUGAGGAGAUGAAGAAAAUCGUUUUAAAGGUUGUAAAACAGUGUUGUGGAACUGAUGGUGUUGAAGCGGGAUAUAUUCGCGACGAAAUCUUAUCUCACUUUUUUAAAGCAUUUUGGAAUCAUCGCAUGGCAUUAGAUAGGCGUAAUUAUCGGCAGCUAGUUGAUACCACGGUCGAAUUAGCUCAAAAGGUCGGUUCAGCGGAGAUGAUUGCAAGAAUAGUUGAUGAUCUAAAAGAUGAGAACGAGUUAUACCGAAAAAUGGUGAUGGAAACCAUAGAAAAUAUUAUUUCGCUGAUGGGAGCGAAUGAUAUAGAUGCGCGUCUAGAAGAACAGCUUAUUGAUGGGAUUGUAUAUGCUUUUCAGGAACAAACUCAGGAAGUUCAGGAUGCUGUUAUGUUGGAUGGAUUUGGAACUGUUUGUAAAGGAUUAGGAAGAAGAACGAAACCUUAUUUACCCCAGAUCUGUGGUACUAUUCUCUGGCGUUUGAAUAAUAAGUCAGCAAAAGUUCGUCAACAAGCAGCAGACCUUAUCGCCAAAUUGGCUCCUGUGAUGAAUAUUUGUCAAGAAGAAAAACUUAUGGGCCAUUUAGGUGUAGUUCUAUAUGAAUAUCUUGGAGAAGAAUAUCCUGAAGUAUUGGGAUCAAUUUUGGGUGCUUUGAAAUCGAUUGUUAAUGUUAUUGGUAUGACUAAAAUGACACCACCUAUUAAGGAUCUUCUUCCUCGUCUUACUCCAAUUUUGAAGAAUAGACACGAAAAAGUGCAGGAAAACUGUAUUGAUCUUGUUGGACGAAUCGCUGAUCGUGGAAGUGAAUUUGUUUCGGCACGUGAAUGGAUGAGAAUAUGUUUUGAAUUACUUGAACUUCUCAAGGCUCAUAAGAAAUCUAUACGCCGCGCAGCAAUCAAUACUUUUGGAUUUAUAGCUAAGGCAAUUGGGCCUCAUGAUGUUUUGGCUACAUUAUUGAACAAUUUAAAAGUACAAGAGAGACAGCUUCGAGUUUGCACUACUGUUGCAAUUGCAAUCGUCGCAGAAACAUGUGCACCAUUUACCGUUUUACCUGCAAUUAUGAAUGAAUAUCGUGUUCCUGAAAUUAAUGUGCAAAAUGGUGUUCUUAAAGCUCUUUCUUUCAUGUUUGAGUAUAUUGGUGAAAUGGCUAAGGAUUAUAUUUAUGCAGUUACUCCUCUGCUUGUGGAUGCUUUAAUGGAACGAGAUAUUGUGCAUCGGCAGAUUGCAAUGGAUGCCGUUGCACAUUUGACAUUAGGAGUUUACGGUUUCGGUUGCGAAGAUGCUUUAAUUCAUAUCUUCAAUUAUGUAUGGCCAAAUAUGCUUGAAAAUUCUCCUCAUGUUAUUCAGCGAUUCAUUUUUGCUUCUGAUGCAAUGCGUGUUUCGGUUGGUCCUAUAAAAGUUUUGCAAUAUUGCUUACAAGCUCUUUGGCAUCCUGCUAGAAAAGUGCGCGAACCGAUUUGGAAGGUCUUCAAUAACUUAAUUCUUGGUGCUCAGGAUGCGCUUGUGGCAGGUUAUCCUCGUAUUCCUGAUACAGAACGCAACACAUUUCUUCGAUAUGAACUUGAUUAUGUAUUGUAA